AGACAUGUAAUAUAUACGGCUUCACCAGACAUAUCACAGGCACUGAACAAAUAGAACGUUUUCAAUCUAAAAUGAAACAGAAGAAUUUCAACGGAUUAUGAAGACAGUCAUAAGAUGUCUGCUUGGCGAAAGAACUGCUGCAGGUUAAAGGGUCACAACGCAUGUGCGUGUCACACGAGGCUUUCCAUGAAAUUAUCCCUUCAGUGAGGCUUUUGCAAGGAAUCCUUGCAGACUAUCAGAUGUUAGUUGAAUUGAAGCAUCACGUUGGUUUAGACGCAUGAGCUACUUUGACAAAGGACCUGGCAAUGACGGGUGAAUAUUUCACAGUUUUUAAGGUGGGUUGUUCGUGUUUCGGGGACAUGUGGAGAUCUCUCUGGCUGUGGACCGCGAUCGCGCUGUUUGAACCAGCUUCUGCUCAGUUUCCCCGCGCAUGUACCACAGUCUCUGCCCUGCUCUCCAAACAAUGUUGUCCAUCGCAGGGCUCGGAUGCAGCAAUACUUUGCGGGGCUGAACUCAACCGAGGGGAGUGUACUGACGUGCAAGUAAGUGAGAAACCCUGGAGUGGACCCUACAAUCUGCGAAACGUGGAUGACCGGGAGAGGUGGCCGCUCAAAUUCUUUAAUCGGACCUGCAAAUGUACGGGAAAUUUUGCUGGGUAUAACUGUGCUGAUUGCAAAUUUGGAUGGACUGGCCAAAACUGUGACCUGAGAAGAGCACGAGUGAUCAGAAAAAAUAUUCAUUCUCUGACCCCUUCAGAGCAACAGCAGUUUCUGGAUGCACUGGAUCUAGCCAAAACUACAAUACACCCAGAUUAUGUAAUUGCUACUCAACAUUGGCUGAGUUUGCUAGGACCUAAUGGGACCCAGCCACAAGUAGCAAAUGUCACAAUAUACAAUUAUUUUGUGUGGCUUCAUUACUACUCCACAAGAGACACAUUGCUGGGGCGUAGUCAGACAUUUAAAGCUAUAGAUUUUUCUCACCAAGGUCCGGCUUUUCUUACCUGGCAUCGGUACCAUUUAAUGUUGCUGGAGAAAGAUUUACAGAAACUCAUAGGAAAUGAUUCAUUUGCAAUUCCAUAUUGGAACUUUGCCACAGGAAGAAAUGACUGUGAUGUCUGCACAGCGCCUUUGUUGGGAUCCAUGCGCCUUGAUGACUCGACAUUGAUUAAUCAGAGUUCCAGAUUCUCGCAGUGGGAGAUCGUGUGCAAUAGUUUGGAUGAUUAUAACCGCUUGGUCACUCUCUGCAAUGGAACAAAUGAAGGUCCAAUAAGGAGGGCCUUCUUGGGAAAGAGCGGGAUCCGGCUGCCAAGCAUGGAGGAUGUUCACCGUUGUAUGUCUAUUAAAGAAUUUGAUACUCCACCUUAUUUCAAGAAUUCUAAUUUCAGUUUCAGAAAUGCCCUUGAAGGAUUUAAUACACCAGAUGGCAAAUCAGGCACUGGCGAAGUUCAAAGUCUUCACAACUUAGUUCAUUCUUUUUUGAAUGGAACAAAUGGGAAUCCACACUCUGCAGCAAAUGAUCCACUUUUUGUGGUGCUCCAUACCUUUAUCGAUGCAGUUUUUGAAGAAUGGAUGAAACAAAACAGCCCUGCAAUGAGCUCAUGGCCAGAGGAGAUGGCGCCAAUUGGGCACAACAGGGAAUCUAAUAUGGUGCCAUUUUUUCCACCUGUGACCAAUGAGGAACUAUUCCUAUCAUCAGCAGAUCUAGGUUAUUCAUAUGCAAUUGAAUUGUCAGAAUUUCGUAUUUCCUUGGGUACCAAGCUAGCUGCGACCAUCAGUGGAAUUUUGGUGGGCCUUGUCUUGUUAGCUGUACUGCUGAUGCUAUUUCUGCAACAACGAAAGAAGAGAGGUUAUGAACCUUUGUUAGGUUCAGAAUUUUCCAACAAGAUGUACAUUGAAGAAGCUUAGUUUAUGCAGCUGAUUAUUAAUAGUAAUCUCUUAUUCCUACUGCAUUGUAUAAAAGCACAAUGGAGAGCAUAUAAAAAUUUAUAGCUUGUUUUCUGUCGGCAUUGCUGUAAUGCAAUAUCAUAUGAUACAAAAUGUUUGUAGAAUCUGAUGAAUUUGUGCUUGAUUCUUAGCAUGAUCAAAUCGGUUUAUCAAUGAUGAGAAAAGAACUGAUUCAUCAAUUAGGAAGAAUCUGCAGUUUUUACUGUCUCUUUACGAUGAUACAUGAUUUAGAGCUUGUUGGGAUGUAAUUGGCAAGGUUUGCCCGCUGUGGUUUUUGCUGAGCAGCCUUCUUAAAAGCUGAUUAGAUCUUGAUUUUCAAAGCAUUUUCAAAACCAAAAUGUAGCUGCAGUAAGAAUGAAAUUCUAAUUCAUAUUUUGUAUUUCCAGUGUAUGAUACUGUCAUGACUAAGGUUGUAGGAAUACACUGUCUUUCUCUACUUCUACAGGUCACACAAUGGAUUUUAAUGUUUACUCAGUGACCAGUAUGGUCAAUCAUAUACUUCAUUAGUUUAAGUCUGAAAAAGAAAAUUACAUCAACCAGAUUUCUUUUAUAUCAACAAAAUUAUUGAAUCAUUAUAAGAUUCAUUCAACAAAGGUAUAAUGUUGGUUAACAUAUAUUUUAAAAAUAAAUAUUGUGCUUUAAGUAACCUAACACAAAUUAACUUUAUCUGCUUGUACCAACAUUAAAAGAAAACGUUAGCAAUUAUGCAAUGUUAAAAAAGAAGAAAAUAAGAUAUGAAAUGUUCUAGGUAGUUGUGGUUUGGCGUUCAGGUACAAGUAUACAGAUGUCAUUAGACCCGUGUAGUUGUUACUGGAUGAUUUCAGAAGCAACACAUUCAGGAGAUGUUGUCAUGCUUCUCAGAAAAAUGGCUGCAACAGAUUUUCCAGCUGUGCCAUCUGGCUCUCAAAAAAGCUUUUUCCAAGAAAAGUUGAGAAAGGCUGUCUCAGAUAGCUUCUCGAUUAGCAGACUGCACCCAACUACCAUUUCUGAACAAAAUGCAAACUAUCACUGAGAAAUGACUGACAAGCAUAAUCCCUGACAUGUGACUCCCUGUUCCUUUGUUCAAGCAGUUCCAGAGUGUAUAAGAAUCUGAUUGUUUGUUUGUUUGUUUGUUUCACUCAAUUGUCUCUUCCAAUAUGUGCUUGAAGGAAAGAUCAAAAGUUCAAAAAAUUCAAUGAUCUUUUCAAAAAAAGAAGUCAAUGCAUCUCCGCAGUCUUUCAUACGAGCAAAUUUUCACAAUAUUUUAACCCUGAGUCUGGAUAAAACAAUAAUCUUCGUAACAAUAGGUGUUUUAAAAGUGAACAUAUAGCAGAUAUUAGUCCAGCACAUUAUUCCAAUUUAUGUGCAAGUUCCUUUGUGGCAUGUACUGUGGUGAAAUUAUAAAGAGGUGUUUCUCUGAAAUAUCAGAGAUAAUGGGAACUGCAGAUGCUGGAGAAUUCUCUCCCUAUUUAUUCCAGUUCCCUCUCCCCAUCCCCCUCUCUGAUGAAGGGUCUAGGCCCGAAACGUCAGCUUUUGUGCUCCUGAGAUGCUGCUUGGCCUGCUGUGUUCAUCCAUUUCUCUGAAAUAUGUCAGUUUUAUGAUCCAAAAUGUAACUGAACAGACUGCCAAUAAAUGAAA